AUUAUAUAAGCGCGUGUUGAAUAAUAACAACAGUUGCUGCAAGUCUAAACACUUUACUCAUAAUUUUCUUUAUAACCUCAAUUUUUGGUUACCAGUUUAAUAAACAGUAAAUAUGGUUUUUCUUUAGUAUUAACCAACUCGGAUCUUAAUUUGAUCUGUACUAUAUAGGAAAAAUAAGAAAGAAGAAAUAAUCAGGAUAUAAAUGCGAUAGAUGAAAGUACGGCAGUUUUUCGCUGGUAUCCUUAUAGGCAUUCCUACUGGGAUUACCUUCUUGGACAAGAUUGGUUAUAUAGCCAAAGUAGAAGGUGUUUCUAUGCAACCAACCUUAAAUCCGGACGAGAAGAAUCCAGAUUACGUUUUUUUAAAUCGUCGCGCAGUUCGUACUCAAGAUAUUCAACGCGGCGAGAUAGUUACCGUAAGAUCUCCAAAGUCUCCGAAUCAGAUUUUAAUUAAACGAGUAGUGGGUCUUUCUGGAGACAUUGUGCGCACCCAUGGGUAUAAAACAACUAUUCUUCAGGUUCCAGAAGGUCAUUGUUGGGUAGAAGGAGAUCAUAUUGGAAGGUCCAUGGAUUCUAAUACAUUUGGACCAGUUUCUACGGCGCUGAUAACCGCGAAAGCUACAUCUAUAGUAUGGCCACCUAGCCGUUGGCAGUAUCUCUAUCCUUCUAUGUUAAAUCACAAUUUUCCAUUAAAUUCGGUAAAAGUUCCGGGUGGAUAAACGCAAACGUUAACGCGG